UCCCACGGUCCCACCCACCUCUCUCCCUCCGUCCUCGUCCACACUCUCUCCUCGAUGUCGCCUAUCGCGGCGCACCGAGCCUCUCCGGCCAUGUGGUCCCCGCAGCCUCCGCCGCCCCGCCUCCAGCUCCGGCGACCGGCGGGGACGCCCCUUCACUCCUCGCGCCGCCUCAGCCGCAUCGCCGCAUCGCAGGAGGACCCGCUGACCGCGCUGACCCGCGUGCUGUGGGGCCGCGCGCUGCCGCCGUCGCAGCUCGUGCUCGCCGUGCGCCACGGCUGGACCUCGGCGUGGCGGCUCCUCAUGCGCCAGCUCGCGCCCUCCGACCCGGCCACGGGCGCCUUCACCCGCACCCCGUCCCGCUUCCCGGCCGUCGCGCAGCCCGCGCCCGUCCCCGGCGCGCGCCUCCACCUCUACGUCGGCCUUCCCUGCCCCUGGGCCCACCGCGCGCUCCUCGUCCGGGCCCUCCUCGGCCUGGGGCCCCGCCUCCCCGUCUCCGUGGCCGUCCCGGGCGACGACGGCGCGUGGUCCUUCACGCCGGAGAGCCCCGACGCGCUCUACGGCUCCCGCAGGCUCCGGGACGUGUACGCCGCCCGGCGCGGCGGGUACGAGGGCCGGGCGUCCGUGCCCAUGCUCUGGGACGCCGACCGCCGCGAGGUGGUCUGCAACGAGAGCAUCGAGAUCGCCAAGUUCCUCUGCACGCUCGUGGACGACGGCGCCGGAGGCCUCGACCUCUGGCCGCCGGAGCACCGCGAGGAGAUCGACCGCUGGUACGGCGUCAUCUACCCGAGCGUCAACAACGGCGUGUACCGGUGCGGGUUCGCGCAGAGCCAGGCGGCCUACGACGCGGCGGCGGGCGAGCUGUUCGACGCGCUGGACAUGCUCGAGGACCACCUCUCCGGGUCCCGGUACCUGUGCGCCGGCGCCGGCGUGACGCUGGCCGACGUGUGCCUCUUCACCACGCUCAUAAGGUUCGACCUGGUGUACAACCCACUGUUCCGGUGCAGCCGGAGGAAGCUGGUUGAGUACCCCAGCCUCCACGCCUACAUGCGGGAGAUCUACCAGUUGCCCGGCGCCGCCGAGACCUGCGACAUGGCCGCCAUCGCCGACGGGUACUUUGGGACGCUCUUCCCGCUCAACCCCGGCGGGAUCCUGCCCGUCGUGCCGGCGAGCUGCAGCCGGGAGGCCCUCAUGAAGCCUCAUGGCAGAGAGGCAAUGCCUUCUGUUGCUGCUGCUGCUGCUGAUGGUAGGCAGCUAGGAGCGGCUGCUAGUGUUGUUGGCUAGGAUUACAGAGUGUAGCUGAAUUGUGUAGCACAUCAAAUUACUUACUGAAUAAUACCUUGGUACAUAUAGAGGAUGAAACAAAAUGGCAGACUAUUACUGUGACCGAGAGUUUCAUGUCA